CGACGGGUGAUGAAAUCAGACCGCAUGUGGUUUUACCCACCAGAACCUCCCGGCUAUGUCAGCGGUGCUCUGCCAACUCCACAGCUCUUUUUUCGUCUUUGUGUGGCGCCCUGUUGGAGUGUGGAGGUACUCCCUGAAGUGUCUUCGAGGUGAUGAGUGUGUGGGUAGAGGACGGAAUGUGUACCUUUACAAGUCUGGCUACCAUCACCGGGUACGUCACAUCUGGGAUGUGUCCAGCUGGUACACAGUGCUCACUGAGGUCCUGUGCUGCGGACAUUGUACAUAGGCAGCCAGGAGCAGAGAAAGUGGCACAGUGGGUCGGUGGCUUGCGUGGGAUCUCGCUAUUUUAUCACAACUUAGUGAGGCUCAUCAAACUAUGUUCCCUGCCAUCCUCACCCGCAAGUAACAUAAUGUGUGCAUUUAACAAACUUGAAAAUAGUCACUCAAAACAACCUCAACAUAUUGAUUGUGACUCUCCUAACAGGUGUGGUGUCGUUAGGAAUGGUGUGCGCCUUCUGAGGGACCGGACAGAAGGGAACACUAUGGUCAAGGUGUGGCGGCAGAUACAGGAGAAUCACGUUGAGGACUACCUUCAACGUAAGGACCUGUACACCACACUCCACAUGACUGUAGCGAAACCUGCAUUUGUCUCUGCAUUUAGACACAUUCCAGGCUCCACCUCCUCAAAGAGAGCUCCCCUCCGCACGGCUCCUGCGCCACGCCUUCCUGCUGGCAGAGGCCAGCAAUGUGCAGGAUUACCGUAGCCAGAUCCUCUCCACAUUUGGCACAGUGCUGAAAAUGGAUUCCACCAAGAAAGUCCCCAAUGUGCGGCACGGCCCUAACAGGUUUACCUGAUAAGUGGCAUUGCACGGUGGAACUCAGACAAGAGCUCAGAUGCCGUGUUUGGUGGCAAAGGACGGCACCACAGGAUCUACUCGGCGCCGCUGAUUGACCGCCUCUCUGUUUGGAGAGACUGUGGAGGAGAAUUUCCAGGCCCCUGCUGACGUCCCUUCCAAUGAGCUGCUUGGGCUGGAGUACCUGUUCAGCCAGAGCACCAGUGAAUCUGGACCCUUCUCUCUUCAGGACAUUGUCAACGAUGGACUUGGUCCAGAGGAGGAGGUGGUUCAGCCUGGGCAGCCCGAUCCAGAUCCUGAGGCAGACGAGGCGUACCAGAGCAACGUGGAGGCACAUGACGGUGUGCUGGAUGCCGUCCUGCCCCACAUUACGCUCACCAGCGACAAAACCUCCACUGUUCACCCUCCAGACUUUGAGGUUGCCUGCAGUCCAAACCCUCUUCCUGGCUUUCAAAAGUUGGAAAUGCCACCUCCAUCUCAUCUGCACUCCUACCUCCAGCACCACACCAGCCAGCAUUCCUCCCUCCACCAGACUACCCCCUGAUGGAAUAUGCGCCCACACCCAGCAUGGCAGGGACAAAGGGAAGGACAGACAUAAUCAUGCCACUCUCCCAGGCUCAACCACCACUGCCACCUGUGCAUCUGCCAGUGACAAAAACCCCUGCCACCUCUACCAUCACCAGACUUGUGCCCUCCCUCUCUGCAUCUACAGCAACCCCUGGGAUUGCUGGCCCCUCCACACAGCCCAUAAUGCCUGCCAGUCAGGCUCUGCCCACAAUGCCCACUACUAGCACAUCGCACAGUACUGGCAGUCCUUCAUUCUGGGCUAGAUCUACACAAUACAAGCGUAAGGUGAAGGAACACUCCACAGAAUUAGGACGCAAACUGUCUCAGGUGCAUAAUCUCCCUAUCUGUACACUCUGUGGUCAACCAACCCAGGGACAUAAAAAAUACAAGAAAAGACUUUCUGUAGUGCUGUUUUUUUUU